CCGGCUUGCCGAGGAUCAUGACUGCGGCGGCGAACUGGGUGGCGAACGGGGCCAGCCUGGAGGACUGUCACUCCAACCUCUUCUCGCUGGCUGAACUCACUGGCAUCAAAUGGCGUAGGUACAACUUUGAAGGCCAUGGGGACUGUGGGCCCAUCAUUUCAGCUCCAGCCCAGGAUGAUCCCAUCCUGCUCAGCUUCAUCCGCUGCCUGCAGGCCAACCUGCUGUGCGUGUGGCGCCGGGACGUCAAACCCGACUGCAAGGAGCUCUGGAUAUUCUGGUGGGGGGACGAGCCCAACCUGGUCGAUGUCAUCCACCGCGAGCUGCACAUGGUGGAAGAAGGAUUCUGGGAGAAUGGACUUUCCUAUGAGUGUAGGACCCUGCUCUUCAAAGCAAUUCAUAAUCUCCUGGAAAGAUGCCUGAUGGAUAAAAACUUUGUAAGAAUUGGGAAAUGGUUCAUACGGCCCUAUGACAAGGAUGAGAAGCCUGUUAAUAAAAGUGAACACCUGUCGUGUGCCUUCACGUUCUUCCUGCACGGGGAGAGCAACGUGUGCACGAGCGUGGAGAUCGCGCAGCACCAGCCCAUCUACCUGAUCACCGAGGAGCACAUCCACAUGGCCCAGUCCUCCCCCUCGCCCUUCCAAGUGCUGGUGAGUCCUUAUGGCUUGAACGGGACCCUCACGGGCCAGUCCUACAAGAUGUCAGACCCUGCCACUCGAAAGCUCAUGGAGGAGUGGCAGUACUUCUACCCCAUGGUGCUGAAGAAAAAGGAAGGCAUGAAAGAGGAGGAAGAGCUGGGAUAUGACAAUGAUUUCCCUGUGGCAGUUGAAGUCAUUGUUGGGGGUGUGAGGAUGGUGUAUCCUUCAGCCUUUGUUCUCAUCUCCCAGAGUGACAUCCCAGUGUCACAAAGCACUGCCAGUGCUGCAGGCCAUAUAAAUGUGGGACAGCAGGGGCUUGGAAGCGUGAAGGAUCCUGUCAGUACCUGUGGGAUGCCCCUGACUCCCCCCACCUCUCCAGAGCAGGCUGUUAUGGGAGAAAGUGGCUGCUGUCAGAGCAGCAUCAGCCAUCCAGCUGUACAGGAGGGCACAGUCAGUGUCCACAGUCCAAAGAAAUCAAGCAAGAUUACUCCCAAAUUUCACAACCGUAUUGUUCACCGUGUGUGGAAGGAAUGCAUCCUCAACAGGGCACAGUCCAAGAGGAAUCAAAUUACAGCUGCAGAUUUGGAAGAGGAAGUUCCUAACAAUAGUGUUUCAUGGGAUUUUGUGGAUCCAGUCCAAAGAGUCAGUUGUUCUUGUUCCAGGCACAAGGUGUUGAAGCAGCGCUGCGUCGGUGCCUCGGGCCGCCCGCCCUCGCUGCCCCAGCCCGGCUUCGGCGUGGGGCCAGCAGCGGCCUCGGCACUGCCCCCUCCUGCCUCCUCAAAGCACAAAACCACCGAGAGGCAGGACAAGGGAGACAAGCUGCAGAAAAGGCCCCUGAUGCCCUUCCACCACCGGCCCUCGGUGACUGAAGAGCUAUGCAUGGAGCAGGACACGUCUGGGCAGAAGCUGGGGCUGGCUGGGAUGGAGCCUGCUUUGGAAGUGCCCAGUUCCAGGAAAUACGAGAAGCCGCUCUCGCUGCCUGCUAGAAAUCCGAGCAAGCAAAUGAAUAUGAAUCCUAUGGAUUCACCCCAUUCCCCCACUUCCCCUCUGCCUCCCACCCUGAGCCCCCAGCCCAGAGGCCAGGAGACGGAGAACCUGGACCCCCCUUCAGUUCCUGUGAACCCAGCACUCUACAGCAGCGGGCUGGAGCUGCAGCCACUGCCCAGCUUAGAUGACAGGACAGUCCUAGUGGGGCAGAGGUUACCUCUGAUGGCAGAGGUCAGUGAGACAGCCUUGUACUGUGGCAUAACUCAGAGCAACGAGGCCGUGGACGUGUGGAGGUCCUACAGUGUCCCUUCGAGUGACAACCCCGAGUUCCGGCCGCCGGAGCUGCCGUGUGAGCGGUAUGAUGGCAGGAUGGAGAUCAGCCCCGACAGCACUGCACUGAAGAGGCUCCUAGCACAGCCUAAUAAACGGUUUAAAAUUUUGGAAGAGCAGAAACCAGUGCAGACCCUGAACUAUCUCGACCCCUUGCUUCUACUACAAGCCCCUGGAGAAGGCUGGGGAGACACCAGUGAUCCUUACACCUUCGAAGAUGGAGACAUCAAGUACAGUUUCACUGUCAAUAAAAAAUGCAAACUUGGGGCUGAGAAAGAUCCUUCAAAAAAGAACAAGUCAGAAGAUGGUUCCAAGGAAAUCCCCCCAGCAGGCCAUUCCACACCAGUUCCUGAUGGAAAAGAUGCCAUGUCCAUUUUCAGUUCUGCUCCUAAAACUGAGCCCCGGCAGGACGGCGCUGCCCGGCCCGGCUCUGGCAGCCUCACCCAGGUCACUGACCUGGCCCCGUCCCUGCAGGACCUCGACAACAUCUUCGACAACUCCGACGAGGAUGAGCUGGGGGCCGUGUCCCCAGCCCUGCGCUCCUCCAAGCUGCCGGCCGCGGGCUCUGAGGAGCGGCCGCCAGGCAAGGACGGCCGGACUGCGGUGCCCUACCCUCCCACUGUGGCAGAUCUCCAAAGGAUGUUCCCAACACCACCCUCCUUAGAACAGCACCCUGCCUUCUCCCCAGUGAUGAGUUACAAAGACGGAAUAAGUUCAGAGACUGUGACUGCCUUGGGAAUGAUGGAGAGUCCUAUGGUCAACAUGGUUCCAACACAGCUGGCUGAGUUUAAAAUGGAGGUGGAAGAUGGAUUAGGUAGCCCUAAACCUGAAGAAAUUAAGGAUUUUUCGUAUGUGCACAGAGUUCCAUCAUUUCAACCUUUCGUGGGCUCCUCCCUGUUUGCUCCACUGAAGAUCCUGCCCAGCCAGUGCCUCCUACCUCUGAAGAUUCCAGAUGCCUGUAUCUUCAGGCCUUCUUGGGCUGUUCCUCCAAAAAUUGAACAACUUCCAUUGCCACCUGCAGCCACUUUUAUCAGAGAUGGCUACAAUGCGGGGGUGCUGCCGUCGCCGGCCACGCCGCGNCCGCGCUUCUCGGUGCCCACGCCGCGCACGCCCCGCACGCCCCGCACCCCCCGCGGCGGCGGCACCGCCAGCGCCCAGGGCUCCGUCAAGUACGACAGCACGGACCAGGGCUCCCCCGCCUCCACGCCCUCCACCACGCGGCCGCUCAACUCGGUGGAGCCGGGCACGGUGCAGCCCAUCCCAGAGGCGCACAGCCUGUACGUGACCCUCAUCCUCUCCGACUCCGUGCUCAACAUCUUCAAAGACAGGAACUUCGACAGCUGCUGCAUCUGCGCCUGCAACAUGAACAUCAAGGGCGCCGACGUGGGGCUGUACAUCCCCGACUCCUCCAACGAGGAUCAGUACCGCUGCACCUGCGGCUUCAGCGCCAUCAUGAACCGCAAGCUCGGCUACAACUCCGGGCUCUUCAUCGAGGAUGAGCUGGAUAUUUUCGGCAAGACCUCGGACAUCGGCCAGGCUGCGGAAAGGCGACUGAUGAUCUGCCAGAGCAACUUGAUCUCCCAGAUGGGAGAGGGAGCCAGGAGGAGCCAGGAGCCUCCCAUGAGCCUGCUGCUGCUGCUGCAGAACCAGCACACGCAGCCCUUCACCUCGCUGAGCUGCUUGGAUUACAUGGCCUCCAACAACCGCCAGACACUGCCCUGCGUCAACCUGAGCUACGACCGGCUGCAGGCCGACAGCAACGACUCCUGGGUGGAAUGUUUCAACGCCCUGGAGCAGGGCAGGCAGUAUGUGGACAACCCCACAGGGGGCAAGGUGGAUGAAGCCCUUGUCCGAAGUGCCACCGUCCAUUCCUGGCCUCACAGCAACGUGCUGGACAUCAGCAUGCUCUCCUCCCAGGACGUGGUGCGCAUGCUGCUCUCCCUGCAGCCCUUUCUCCAGGAUGCCAUCCAGAAGAAGCGGACGGGAAGGACCUGGGAGAACAUCCAGCACGUGCAGGGACCACUCACCUGGCAGCAGUUCCAUAAGAUGGCAGGACGGGGGACCUACGGCUCUGAGGAGUCUCCUGAGCCUCUCCCGAUCCCGACGCUGCUUGUGGGCUAUGACAAGGACUUCCUGACAAUCUCUCCCUUCUCCCUGCCCUUCUGGGAGAGGCUCCUGCUGGACCCCUACGGGGGCCACCGGGAUGUCGCCUACAUCGUGGUGUGUCCGGAAAAUGAGGCCUUGCUCGACGGAGCCAAAACUUUCUUCAGGGACUUGAGUGCUGUAUACGAGAUGUGCAGACUUGGGCAGCACAAGCCCAUCUGUAAAGUACUGCGGGACGGGAUCAUGCAGGUGGGCAAGAGCGUGGCGCAGAAGCUGACGGACGAGCUGGUGAGCGAGUGGUUCAGCCAGCCCUGGGGCUCCGAGGACUGCGACAAUCAUUCCCGCCUCAAGCUGUACGCGCAGGUCUGCCGCCAUCACCUUGCACCUUACUUGGCCACCCUGCAGCUGGACAGCAGCCUCCUGCUGCCGCCCAAGUACCAAACGCCGGCUGCGAGCCAGCCGCCGGGAGCUGCCGGCAGCUCCGGGGGGGCCUCCGCCACGCCCGGCGCCAGCCAGAUGGGCGCGUCCUCCACGCCGGGCUUCAGCAGCGCUGCGGGCUCGGGGCAGGGCGGCAGCGCCGCGGGAGGCGCGGCCGAGCGCCCGCAGGGCAGCGCGGGGCCCGGGGCGGACUCGGAGCCCGGCCCCAGCCUGCCGCAGCAGCAGCAGGAGGGACAGGAGGGCGCGGCGGAGCGGGAGCGGAUCGGGAUCCCCACGGAGCCGGACGCUGCCGACAGCAACGCCUACCCCCCCGCCGUGGUCAUCUACAUGGUGGAUCCCUUCACGUACACUGCCGACGAGGAGUCUGCCUCCACCAACUUCUGGCUCCUGAGCCUCAUGAGAUGCUACACAGAAAUGUUGGACAACUUGCCUGAGAAUAUGAGGAAUUCUUUCAUUCUCCAGAUUGUGCCUUGCCAGUACAUGCUGCAGACAAUGAAGGAUGAACAGGUUUUCUACAUUCAGCACUUGAAGUCUCUGGCGUUCUCUGUGUACUGCCAGUGCAGGAGGCCCCUGCCCACACAGAUCCACAUCAAGUCCCUCACAGGCUUUGGGCCAGCUGCCAGCAUUGAGAUGACCCUCAAAAAUCCUGAGAGGCCCAGCCCAAUCCAGUUGUACUCACCUCCUUUCAUCCUGGCCCCCAUCAAAGACAAGCAGACAGAGCUGGGAGAGACAUUUGGAGAGGCCAGUCAGAAAUACAACGUGCUCUUUGUGGGGUACUGCCUGUCCCAUGACCAGCGCUGGCUCCUGGCGUCCUGCACCGACCUGCACGGGGAGCUGCUGGAGACGUGCAUUGUCAACAUUGACCUGCCCAGCAGGUCAAGGAGGAGCAAGCUGUCUGCCCGGAAGAUUGGGCUGCAGAAGCUCUGGGAAUGGUGCAUUGGCAUUGUCCAGAUGACAUCCCUGCCCUGGAGAGUCGUCAUCGGGCGCCUAGGCCGGCUGGGCCACGGGGAGCUAAAAGACUGGAGUAUCCUGCUCGGGGAGUGCUCCCUGCAGACAAUCAGCAAACAGCUGAAGGAGGUUUGCCGCAUGUGUGGCAUCUCCGCAGCAGAUUCCCCCUCCAUCCUCAGUGCCUGCCUCGUUGCCAUGGAGCCACAGGGAUCAUUCGUGGUGAUGCCAGACGCGGUGACCAUGGGCUCGGUGUUCGGGCGCAGCACGGCGCUGAACCUGCAGUCCUCCCAGCUCAACACCCCCCAGGACGCCUCCUGCACACACAUCCUGGUGUUCCCCACCUCUGCCACCAUCCAGGUGGCACCUGCAAAUUACCCCAACGAGGAUGGCUUCAGUCCCACUAACGAUGACAUGUUUGACCUCCCAUUCCCAGAUGACAUGGACAAUGAUAUUAGAAUUUUGAUAACAGGGAAUCUUCACUCUUCACCAAAUUCCUCCCCAGUUCCUUCCCCUGGAUCACCAUCUGGCACUGGAGUGGGAUCUCACUACCAUCACAGUAGGAGCCAAGGUGAACGUCUCCUCUCCAGGGAAGCCCCCGAGGAGCUGAAGCAGCAGCCUCUGGCUCUGGGAUACUUCGUGUCGACUGCCAAAGCCGAGAACCUCCCGCAGUGGUUCUGGUCCUCCUGUCCUCAGGCACAGAACCAGUGUCCCCUCUUCCUGAAGGCCUCUCUCCAUCACCACAUCUCUGUAGCGCAGACAGACGAGCUUCUACCUGCAAGAAAUUCUCAGCGAGUUCCUCAUCCCCUCGACUCUAAAACUACAUCAGAUGUCUUGAGGUUUGUGCUGGAGCAGUACAACGCCCUGUCUUGGCUGACGUGUAACCCGGCCACGCAGGACCGCAGCUCCUGCCUGCCCGUGCACUUCGUGGUGCUCACCCAGCUCUACAACGCCAUCAUGAACAUUCUGUAGGACACAACAAGCACUUCUUCUUCUGGCUGCUUCUCCCCUCCGCCCGGGAACGUGCCACCACCUGCAAAGAGCUCCGAUUGCUUCUCUUCAGACCAGUCCUGUGCUGUGCUUCCGUUCCUCCAAAAGCACAUGUGAAUCCUGCAGUGUUCAAAACUAAACUCUCCAUUAACAUCUCUGGCAGCUUCAGUCCAAAAUCUGGGAACAUCCAAGAACAGUGAACACAGAGUAACCUCAAGCCAGUGUUAGUUGGUGGCUCAGUAACUACUGGUCAGCGUGAUUAUUUUUUUUUAAUAUUUUAUUUUUUUAAGGAAGACUACAGGAUCUUUUUGCAUUAGGAACUGAUAAAGACCCACGAGCAGUGUCAGCCCUGCGAGUAAAACCCACCUUGUAGUGACCAGUUCUGGUGUUUCGGCGUUUGAGCAUCGUAAACUGGGACUUUGCAGGA